AUGUGUCAGGCAGAUGAUCACAUAAUUAAUCACGUAUUUCAAAACAAACCGGAAGAACGAGCAAGGCUUAGUAAUAAAACAAGCGGAGAAGCGCUCGAUACAAUGGAUUACCGCACUUGUGAUGCCAUGAAGCGGCUCAACGCCAUGAAACAUCAAUCACAGAAAAAACUUGAGCAUUUAAAUGAUUUAAAGAGGCAGUAUUGCGAAACCUACGCUACGAAGGUCCGAAUGGACAACGUCAUGAAGAAUUCCGAGGUCGGAAAGCAGCUGCGUGAGCUUGAAAAUCGAUUGGACAAGGCUAAACUUAAGUGUCAAGAGGCUGAACACAUUCAAAGUACUUAUGAACAAAUACGGAAUAGACUCGAAGAGGAACAAUUAGCAUUUCCUAAAAGCCUAGAAAAUAUGGAAUUAGAGAUCAAAAAAAGUCAAGCUGAGGUUGCAACUCUACAGACCAUGUAUGCUGACGCCGUGCUUGCUAAAGAUGCAGCAAUGCAGGAAAUGCGGUAUCAGGAGGACGUGACUAAAGCCGAAAGAAAGCGGAGAGAAAAUGAACUCAGUUCAAUGAGAAGAGUCGUUGAAGGCAAAAAAUCUGUAGUAGACAAAAAUGACAAAAGAGUUGUCUCUGCGGCGUCUGGUGAAGGUGCGAGCGGCGAAAAUGCCGACAGUCUCUCCCUGCUUGGCCCAACUGAGGAUCAACUUGCACGAAUAAAAUCUUAUGAAGACAUGUUCGCCAUUAUUAAAGACGCCACUGGAGUGUCCGAUGUGGACAAGAUGGUCAAGCGUAUGGAAUCGCUAGGCGAGACUCUGGAACACCUUACAAAGAUGCAAAAUGACGCGGGAGCCGAACAAGAAACAGUUGGUUUGACACAAGUGGAAAAUGAACUGACUGAGGCCACGUACUUGCUGGUGCGUUGCAAAGCCGGCAUCCAACAGAUUGUGCAGAAGUUGAAGCCCAUUCGUGUGGAUGCCCUCGAGACGCCGGAUGAGGGGGAAGGCGGCACACCACCUACUGAAACAGAACCGGCCACCGAGGAUCCCGCUUCGGCUCUCCUAAAACUCUGUUCAGCCAAGGUGCAAAAACUCAUUUCAGAACUGAGCGAUGUUGACGUCGAGGAGCAACUCAAGCAACUCACUAAUGUGGAGGUACGUGACUAUGCCUGUAUGCAGAUUAGUCAAUUACAAGUAGGCCAGAUAGGUCUACAUAAAGCCUUUUGGCUAAAUUGA